UCAGAUGCUUCACCAGUGUUGUCGUACAGCUUCAUAGAGCAGACAUUGCAACCAGGUCCUGCAGUUUCCCUGAAAUGCAGCGCCAGUGGAAAUCCUACGCCUUCCAUUUCCUGGGCUUUGGAUGGGUUUCCUCUGCCCAAAAACAGUCGAUUCGUGAUAGGACAGUACGUGACGAUACACGGUGACGUCAUCAGUCACGUGAAUAUCUCGUCGGUUAGCGUGGAUGAUGGUGGAGAGUAUUCCUGUUCGGCUGAGAACAGAGCUGGGAAGGCUGUACAUUCUGCAAGGCUCAACGUUUAUGGUCUCCCGUACAUCAGAGUGAUUCCAAAAGUGACAGCUGUAGCUGGAGAGGAUUUCGAGCUAAAAUGUCCAGUUGCCGGGUACCCUAUUGAAGAAAUACGCUGGGAGAGAGGUGGAAGAGAGCUACCAGAAGACCUGAGACAAAGGGUGCUUCCUGGGGGAAUUUUGAAAAUUUCGCCCGUUCAAAAAGCAUCCGAUGCCGGACUGUACACUUGCUGGGCCAGAAAUAAACAAGGACAGACUGCUAGGAGAACGGGAGAGGUCACUGUCAUUGUGCCCCCCAAGCUAAGCCCAAUUAUCCCCGACCGCACCCACAACGUGGGCGACCGUGCCAGCCUGACGUGUUCGGUGACCAAGGGUGACCUUCCGCUGACCAUCACCUGGCUCAAAGAUGGCCGACCGAUGGACCUGCAGACCUCUGGCGGUCUCCAGAACUCCGCCGGUCUCCAGGACACCUCAGGAGGGGUCUCGGUGACCCACGUGGACCGUUUCAACAGCAUCCUAUUGGUGGAGAGCCUCUCGCCGGAGCAUAACGGCAACUACACUUGUGUCGCCGCCAACCCGGCCGCUCAAGUAAUGCACACUCAGCGACUUGUGGUCAACGUUCCUCCAAGAUGGUCAAUUGAACCAGUUGAUGCGAGUGUAGAGAGGAACCGCCAUGUUGUCAUCAACUGUCAAGCACAAGGAGUUCCCGAACCAACUAUCACAUGGAAGAAAGCCACUGGUAGCAAAUCAGGAGAAUACCAAGACAUGAGAGAUCGUCAGCAUACUAAACUACUGGGCAAUGGGUCUCUCCUGUUGCAGCAUGUAAAGGAAGACAGGGAAGGGUUCUAUCUCUGUCAGGCCAACAAUGGUAUAGGCAGUGGCAUAGGAAAAGUUAUACAACUCAAGGUCAAAUCUUCUCCCUACUUCUCAGCGCCUUCUCGUAUCGUGACAGUGAAGAAGGGAGAUACGGCCACACUGAAUUGCAAGGUGGAGGGGGAUACACCCAUCAACAUUCAUUGGAUGCGAGGUGGCAAGAUACAGCUUACACCUGCUACUAAUUACAGAGUUUCAGUGAAGCAAGAGGUGACACCUGAAGGAGUGGUAGGAGAACUGGAGAUAGUCAGCGUGGAAUCUGGAGACAGUGGAGCCUACUUCUGCCAGGCCAGUAACUUGUACGGCAGGGAUCAACAAUUAGUGCAGCUACUUGUUCAAGGUAGGCUACAUUACUUUUAACUAAUGUUUAUUGUAUCGUUAAGUUUAACCAUUGAGAAC